AUGGAUGCCAUGGAUCCCACGGAUGAGCUCGAUGGACUUCUAGAGAAUGAGGAUACCGAAGUUUCUGACGCAGAACAUGCAGAAGAGCUCGUCAAGAUCGAAAUCCAGGAGCUGGAAUUGAAACUUGCGAAGAAGCGGUUGGAUCUUCGGAUUCGCGCCAAGAAGGCUGAGAAAGCGCGAAAGAAGCGUGCGAAUGCGAGGGAGUUGAGGUCUGCUUUGGCUCUGAACCCGGUUCAGAAAAGGCAACGGGCUGAAAACAGUGGAUCUCGGCGCAGGAGCGGAGGACGGACCUCCCCCACGCCAUCCGCGAUCAAAGUGGAAGAUGAUACUGAUGAAGAAGUCGUUGUUGUUUCAUCUUCCAAGCGUAUCAAAUUCGAAAAGACCAACCGCGAGAAACGUGAGGAGAACAGAGGUUCCAGAGAUCCAAAAUCUCCUUCACCUCUUUCCGUAGAGGAUGGCCUAUCAACAACACCAGCGGCCGACUAUGGCGUACCUCGUUAUCCAAUAGCUGAUACUGACAUACUUAUGGGCGAGUACGGCCCAGAUGAAGCGAACGACGAAUGCAGAAUAUCUGCAGGACGCGAUACAGACCUGUAUUAUGCAACUCCCCAACGAGAUCAGAGCCCUUUGGUCAUGCCUGAUGGACACCUUUCAAGAACUCCUCACGACACAGGGCAUGGAGUCCAAGCCCAAAGCUCAGAGCCUCGGACAACAAUCAAGCAGGAGCCCCAAGAAGAUACAUACAUUCCGUACUUAGAAAUUGAUAAUCGACAGCCCCGGAUAUCCGACCAUGAUUCAACACGUGUAUCUCAAUCGCCCCCAGUUCAGGCAGCCGCAAACUUGAAUAGAAAAACAUUCCAGCCGAAGCAAGAUAAAAAAAUUUCUCAACCGCAACGCACACCAGUCAAGUCGCGGAAUACAUCUCCUGUAGCCAUUCCAGCAAAUCCAGCAACUGGAGCUUAUAAUAUGUCCUUAAAAAUGGUUCCAAUUCCCACCCUGCAGUCGGCGGCACAAACUUCCAAACCCAAUGUUUUGUCCGCACACUGCUCAGGCGACUCAACCACGACUCCUCAAACCCCUCUGCUAGCUAAAGAUUCAAGCUCAAUCCUUCCAUCUCUUUCAGAAACCCCUCAGGCGAACAUUUUAGAUGAAGAGACGCACCUAAUCCAAAGUAAACGACCUCGGAUUCAAAAGCCCCGAGAAAAGAUUUCAUCGCCAAAAAGAAGACCACUCUCACCGAGUCCGUUCUCGCCACCUCCCCGAACUGGCCACUUGCGCACCAACUCAGUUGUAAUAAAAACAGAUCCAAUUUCCGAAGAAAUUGAGGUGCCGCAACGAACUAUACCAGCCUCCCAGCCUCCUCCGGCAACUGCACAGUUAACAAAAUCUGUACCGCGAGAACGAUCUAGAAAAAUAACUAAGCCAACUUCCUCGCAAGCCCUCCCGGAGUUACCCGUAGACUCGUGUACGCGUCCGCCCACUGAGAUAUCUCAGACACAAAAGGCAAAAGCGAACGCCUCGGAGCGAACUCCGACCAAACCUAAACAAGAUAUCCCAGAAGCUCCGAUAUUGAAAGCCCUGGGUCUGAGACCGAUUGAAUCAGAUUCGCCGAAUAGUGUAGCCUGGCCCGCGCAGUUCGACCCCUGGCCUGCGAAUAUCGAAGGGCGGAGGCAAUGGUUCACUCGGUUGUGGAACGCGGAUUUUACACUGUGGGUCGGUCUCGAUUUGAAGAAUAAGGACAAAUGGGAAGGCCUGGAGAAGGUCGUCUCUGAGGCCUUGGGGAGACGCAGCUGGUUAGAGGAGGGUAAGCAAGCGUGCGAGGAACAUUGGGAUGCCUCGAAACUCCAAUUAAAGACAAACGAAGUUCACGUGCCAAUCGGAAAACGGACAUUUGAACUACUGUGGCCCAACAUAAAUGUGCCCUGGAAGCAACAGGGGAAGCAGUGGAUUGAAAAUGCGAUGCAUGUGUUAGAGCCUCGGAUCAGUUCCCUGUGCAAGCAUCAAACCAACUCACAUGAAUCAAGAUUGAUGAAGAUGGAUGCUGUGGAUGGUGGUAGCACCGCAGCUGGACCUCUUGCAGAAAAUGGAUUUGUAGACAUCUGCUCUCGGUUUCCAGUCUCUCCUAUACAGUCCGAAAGUCCAGUCUCGCAACACAGCGAGGCAGAUCCAAGCCACAUCACGCCAAACCCUACGCAAACUUCUCAAGAAGCUCCCGGGUUGAGAGCCACGGCGAGCUCGACCAAAUCAAUAUCUAGCUCAGAAGAUCGGAAUCAUCCACCGCCGAAAGAAAAGGAACCCGAUAAAUUCUCUGUCGAUACAGGCCCCGUCGUCGACUUGUCACUACCCGCCAAACCCAAAUUUCCAGCUUCGCCAGUAUUAGCAGCUCCUAACCCUGAGCCUUGGGUGAAGCCCGGGGAGCCUCCCAAAAGUGAGUCGUUGGAUAGGGGACUCGCAAAUUCUAAAGAGUCUAAGAAGUCCAAAAUGUCCAAAAUGUCUUCAGGAGCAUCGGUGCAGGCUAAUAUCCCUCCUCCACCGCCAAAACAGCCCAGUAGCCUUGAUCCGAUUGUCCAAAGACCCCCCAAAGACCUACAAAACUCCCCAGUGUAUAGCCAACAACCAACCAAUAACCCCUUCUCCAUGUCUACAAGGCAGCCUCCCUCUUAUCAAAAAGCGGGGAGAGAACUUUUCCCUUCUCUCCGGGAGCCAGAUUCAGAGCCAGAGAAUGAGCCAGAUCUAGAGCCAGAGUAUGAGCCAGACCCGGAGUACGAGUCAGAGCUAGAGCCAGAGCCAGAGCCAGAGCCAGAAGAUCCCUACCCCGAGCUCACCAAGCUCCCUACACAUGUGACAAAGGCAGCUCAUCUCAUAUUCACGCUUCCACAAGUACGGCGUCUCCUCACGAAGGAAGACACCCCUUUAACCGGCCUCAGCGCCGGAGGGUGUAACCUCGAGGCCACGCUCGGACAGAUACGAGGAACGAGGCCAGUGAGAGACUGUGGGGUCUGCGUGGAGAAGAGCCCCUUUAUGGAGUGCAUCAUCAUCGACGGCCUGUUUGGCGGCGCUUGCUGUGGCUGUCGGUAUGCUGAUCGCGGCGCGCGGUGCCCGUUCUUCAGGCCCGACACUGGGGCGGUCGACACGGCUCCUCUGACGAGUAAGCCGCCGCCUGGGAAAAGCGCUCCACCUGCCGCCAGGGUUACGCCUCUGAUGAACACCGGGACGCAACGCAGCGAGGGGAUCGGCAGGAACGACGGCGCGGAAUUCAAGAUUCGUGGUCGGAGUGCCAACUACUAUGCUGGAAAUAGACAGGGGCCGCCGCCUGGGAGAGGCUACCGGAGAGAUGAUCGGGAGGGUGACAGGGACUGGAGAGACUUCUCUGGCCAGCCACAGUACAGGGCAGAUGAACGGGACAGAAGAGAUUCUUUGGAGCCGAGACCACGUCGGGAUGAUGACAGGAAUGAUGACCGGGAAGGGAGGAGCUGGAGGCCUAGAAGACCAUGGUCUCCCAAUCUGUUUGAUAGGAUAGGGCCGCGUGGUGGGUAA